AUGGUUGGUCAAGAUCUGGGCAGUAGCCCCAAGUUAGAGAACCUCGCAAGUAUCAGUGAGAUACCCGGUGAUCCGCCUGCGCCUGCUUCCAAUAAGGAAAGCACCAAGAAGGGCGACACCAACGGUCAGCCGGUGGCCAAUGCGAAUAUUCCGCCACCCAAGACGGACAAGCCUCGACCACAUGUAUGCACUACUUGUGGUCGAUCCUUCGCUCGCUUGGAGCAUCUGAAGCGCCAUGAGCGGUCGCACACAAAGGAGAAGCCCUUUGAGUGUCCUGACUGCUCGCGCUGCUUUGCUCGUCGGGAUCUUCUCCUUCGUCACCAGCAGAAGUUGCACAUGACCACAACGCCGUCGUCGCGUCCAAGAAACGCGCGGCGAGAGAGCACAGGUGCCGCGGGCGCUGGGGCCAACCGCGUUCGCAAAAAUUCCAUCGCCAGCAACUCCACUAAUGUGCGCCCUCGUGCCAAUACCAUCAGCCACAUCGAUGCGGCCGGUCUGGGUGUCCCCCCGGAUCCCAACCCAUCAGCUGGCGCCGCAGGGCAUUCGGGCCAUUCUUAUCAUCCGAGCAUUGGCUCUGCAUCAGUCAGUUCAAAUAUCGAUUUCCAUCGCGGUUACAGCGCAAGUCAUCCCAUCGCUAGUAGUCUUCCAAAGCUGGAGACGCAUGGUUUACCCCUGGAUUUCUCCGGAGGGCUUCGUACCGCCCCCGUCUAUGGCAGCUUCGAUCUCAGCAUGGGAGACAUGUUCAUGAACCACGGGAGUACCAUCAAUCCAGCUCAACUCCACUUUGGUGGUUCUCCCCAAGCAUAUGGCAAUGACUCGCCGUCUUCCCCGUUCAUCCAUAGCGCCCAUCCCAUGCAUCCUCCCACGGAUCCAAUGAUGGAGGACGAGUUCAGUUUCGAUUGGAUGAAUGGGUUUGAUCCGUCCAUGCCGGCGCUCGGCCCGAGUAACGACUCUGCGAUCGAUGAGUCGUCUCCGUCCGCCAUGAGCACAGGGAGCCAGAGCGGGAUCAGCGAAGCCGUGAUGGAAGGCGCCCAUCGCUAUUCAAUCUCCUCCUCGGGCUGGCAAAACCCAUUUCCGCCGCACUCCAUGGCUCCUUCUAAUCACUUUGCCGUUGACUAUUCCUCCCCGACGUUUAAUGAUCUAGGCAUUCCUCCUGAGACUGUGUCCCCCAAGUCCCUGAUGGCACAGAACCCGUUUGCUGAGACCUAUGCCACCCCUCCAUCCAUGACAUCGGUUGGUCAGCCCAUGUUGGCAGGGCAUUCGCAGAGUAUGUUUUCAUCCUCUAUGGCAACCAACGGUGAAUCUCCUAAUCCUCUCAACGUGCCUUUCGCGAACAGUGCCCUUCGAACUCACAAUGCCCCAACCUCAACCGAUACCUUUACAGACUCCACACGACAGGCAUUACUAGCCAGCAUGGCUUCGCCGACCGGUCCCAAUCAUCGAAAAUACUCCCAGCCAGCAAGCAGUAUGGUGCAUUGCCGCGACUUAUUCUCCCGUUCCGCCAACUUCAGCGGCACCCGCCAAUUACCAAGCACCCCGGACAUGCAGCGUUAUAUCUCGGCAUACAUCACGUACUACCACCCUCACAAGCCAUUCCUUCAUAUCCCAACUCUCAACUUCCAAGCCCCCGAAUAUACGAACAAUCUUCGAACGCCGAGCGGUCAUCUGAAUCUAAGUUCCACCGGUGUCGCUGGCGGCGGGGGUUGUCUCAUCCUGUCCAUGGCCGCGAUUGGAGCCUUAUACGAAUUCGACAUGGCGGCCUCCAAAGACUUAUUCGAGGCCGCGAAGAAGAUGAUCCAACUGUACCUGGAGGAGCGCCGGAAAGCGGAUAUGUCCGCUGCCUUCUCCAGGUCGAACCCCGCUCGCGAGAAUUCCGUGCACAACACUCCACUUUGGCUGGUCCAGGCCAUGCUCCUCAAUGUCACUUACGGACAUACCUGCGGCGAUAAGACCUCUGCGGAUAUCGCUAGCACCCACUGCGCGGCCCUCGUUAGUCUUGCUCGCGCUGCUGGGUUGACUCAUCAUAUCGAUGUCAAAGACCUUUCGCAGGAUCAUCUGAGUGCGGGUCUCGGUAGCCAAUCCAGUCCGCGAGGAGCAUCUGUCAGUCCUGAUGACCGGAAUAUCCCAUCUUCUGGACCGACCAAGGAACGGAAGGACUGGCUGGAUUGGAAGAUCGUUGAAGAACGCAAGCGAACCCUCUACGCCAUCUUCACUCUUUCCAGUUUCCUCGUCUCGUCGUACAACCACCCCCCUGCGCUCACAAAUUCGGAGAUUCGCCUGGAUCUCCCGUGUGAGGAAGAUCUCUGGGCAGCAGAAUCGCCUCAGGUAUGGAAGAAGAUGGGUGGGCCUUUGUCAGCGAAGAAAGGAGUGGCAUUCUCGUCGGCUUUGACCACGCUUCUGACGGCCAGCCAGCGGGAGCAGACUCACGCGCCCUCGCCGUCAAAUAAUAUCUUCAGCAUGGUUUCGGCCGUGGAUUCUGCCGGGGCGGACUUGAAACCAAGCACUUUCGGCUGCCUGGUGCUGAUUUACGCUCUUCAUAACUACAUUUGGGAGACCCGUCAGCGCCACAUGGGUCGGCAGUGGACGUCCCGCGAGACUGAAGCGAUGCAAGCCCAUAUUGAACCCGCUUUGAGGGCGUGGCAGACGGCAUGGGCCAGCAAUCCAAUCCACAGUUUAGAACGGCCCAAUCCCUUUGGCGCAGGUCCUCUGUCCGCCGAUAGCAUCCCGUUGCUAGAUCUAGCCUACGUCAGACUGUUCGUGAAUCUUGGGCGAAGCAGAGAGGCUUUUUGGCAGCGGGACUGGAUUGCCAUGUCGGACGAACUCGCGCGCGGCACAGAGGCUUUCCCAUAUUCGGACGACAUUCCUUCGGACGUGCUUGAUCCGUCGAUCACCCGGAUGUCAAGUGAGCUGCACAACCGCCGCGACUCGAUUGCCGACCUGGGUGUUGCAGAUCUUGCAAUCUCGAAGACUCCCACACAAGAACAACCCAUGCAAACGUUGAUGGGAGUGUAUCGGCCGGGACAGUCUAGACGCGAGAAACACCUGCGCAAGGCUGCUUUCUAUGCCGCCGACUCGAUUUCCAUGUCUGACCGACUCGGGACUACCUUUGCCGAAUUUACGUGCCGAGAAUUGCCCAUCCAGUCCGCCAUGUGCGCUUUCGACUGUGCGCAAGUCCUGGCGGAAUGGAUCGCGACCGUACAGGAACGGGUUGGCCCCUACUUGGGUGUGCUGGGCCGCGACGAGGUAGACUUGGCGCAUGCGACGAACGUUAUGCUUCUCGAAGAGGAGGAUUGCAAGCUUCUGGAGAAGAUCCGGGAAAUACUAGCGAGCAUCGAAAGCAAGAUGCAGCGGGAAGUGCAGACCAACCCGACCAUCUCGGCCUUGAAUGUUCUGCAACGGCUUCCCAGUGUCGUCGAAGGAGGAUAUGGAUGCAAGAUUCUGAUCGCAACAGCAAGCCUUCUCGAUAGGGCUGCUGUCUGGCCAGUGACGAAACUGAUGGCUCGGUCUCUCGAGGCACAAGCCAUGCGGCUGAAAGAGCGGGCUGAGAACUCGGCAAUUGGGAUUCAUUAG